AUGGAUUAUGAAAACCAGACUUUGUUGAAGGAAUUGAUCUUGAUUGGAUUUACUCAGAACCCGCAGACAGGAAUAUUACUGUCCGUUAUGUUCUUAUUCUUGUAUAUGGUGAUCAUCCUGGGGAACAGUUUUCUGAUCUUCACCGUCACCCUCAGUCCGCAGUUACACACUCCUAUGUAUUAUUUCCUCUGUAAUUUGUCUUUUAUUGAUUUGGGCUUCACAUCCUGCUCUAUACCAAAAAUUCUCUUUGAUCUAUUUUUUAAUACAAGGACAAUUUCUGUCACUGGAUGUUUGGCCCAAAUGAGCCUUAGUAUUUGUUUAGGUGCAGCUGAGUGUAUAUUACUGGCGGUGAUGGCCUAUGACCGAUAUAUUGCUAUAUGCUCCCCCUUAUAUUACACCACCAUUAUGAGCUGGAGGGUCUGUAGAUCCAUCACAGUCAUUAUGUGGUUGGGAAGUUUUUACUUUUGUCUUACCCCGACCAUCAUAAAACCUCUUGUGUUCUGUAGGGGAAACAUGUUGGACCAUAUUUCUUGUGAGAUUUUAGUGGUCAUAGAGCUGGCGUGUGGUGAUCUUUCCGCUACUAAAUACUUAUUAAUUGUUCAUAGUUUUAUUCUUCUGUUAUUGCCUCUUAAAUUCAUUGUUGUGACAUAUAUUUUCAUCAUCGCCUCAAUAGUAAACAUGCAGUCAGUUCAGGGUAGAUCGAAAGCCUUCUCCACCUGCGCCUCCCACCUCACUGUGGUUAUUAUGUUUUAUGGGACAACUCUGAUCACCUACACAGGACAAGCAAGAUUGUCUUCUUACCUUAAAUACAUUUCUCUAAAUUAUGGGAUUGUUACUCCAGUAUUAAAUCCUUUGAUCUACAGUGUGAGGAAUAAUGAAGUGAAAGACGCCUUUAAGAAAAUACUAAUGAAAUAUUCUGACCAUUUCAGGAAGACAAACAUUGGACUAAGAAAUUAA